AUGGAGCAAGGCGCCCUCUCUGAACGAGAAAAACACGCGCCACGUGAACAAACCGAUGGGUCCAAUGCUGAUGAUGUCACUGACACCAAUUCACGUUGUUUGCCCGGAAACAUUCCGGAUAUAUAUAGCAACGGCACAAGAAAUGCUUCUCUCGACGACUGUCAGGAGAAGGACGAAUUAUCUGCCCCUGAUGGAGGGUGGGGAUGGGUUAUAGUCUUUGGCAGUCUGUUGAUACAUAUCAUUUUGUUUGGAAUAGAGAAGUCGUCGGGAAUAUUUUUCUUAAAAUUUGAUGAAACAUUCCAACAGUCAGCCAUCGUCACCGCCUGGGUCACCACAGUUCCUGGUGGUCUGCGCUCAAUUCUAGGGCCUGUUUGUAGUAUGCUCACGAACAAAUUUUCAUUCCGACCCGUCGUCUUGGCAGGAGCUAUCCUUAUGAGUGCUGGUAUGGUGUUAACGGGAUUGGCUAGCAAUCUGACAGUAGUCUUCUUCACUUUUGCUAUAAUUGAAGGUUUAGGAAUGUGCUUAGUGUACUCCCCAUCUGUGGUCAUCGUGGGCAAAUAUUUCAGCAGCAAGCGAGGACUUGCAGUAGGCGUUGCAACCUCCAGCUUCGGAUCUUUCCUUUUUCCAACAUUUAUAGAGUUUGUGUUUGAGUAUUACGGAUUUCUUGGUGCGUUUUUAAUGUUAUCUGGUGUAACACUCAACAUUAUGGUGUGUGCAAGCUUAUUCACACCGCCGCCUGAAAGGAGGGCUAGAAGAAGACUGAAAACAACUGAAGAUUGCGAGGAGGCUUCUGAGUACUUUCUACAACACGAGAACCAUAGUAAAGACGUUGAAAAAUAUAUAAGUACUGAACACUUACAAGACAAAUCAAACCAAACUAGAUGUUUCAGUGCGAUAUCUUGUAAAAAAUCUUGCUUUAAAAAAUCUAAAAGUGAAUUAUUGACGAUGAUGAAAGAUUGGAGGUUUGUUACAUUUUGUGUGGCGAUGUUCUUAUUCUCUAUAGCAGCUAAUUCCGCGUACGCUUUUAUACCUCUAUAUGCAAAGCAGAUCGCUAUCACAGACUCUCAGUCGACCUACGUCAUCGCCAUGACCAUUCUAGCCGACGGACUGGGUAAAAUAUGUUUGGGUGCCGCUUUAGAUGUUGGACGAGUGAAACCCUACAGGGUAGUGGCGUACAACUUGACACUGUUGUUAGUAGGUGUGACCUAUCUUUUGCUCCCCUCAACCUCUACUUUUAUACAACUUUGUAUAGUGUCUUCUUUAUUCGGUCUCCUAUUCGGAGGAAUCAUGUCACAGAAGUCGGUCGUGACGGCUGAUAUCCUUGGUGUGAAGAAGCUUACUGACGGCUUUGGAAUAUUGAUGUUGUUUCAAGGAGCUGGGUCCUUUGUUGGUCCGCCUAUUUCAGGUUUACUGAAGGAUACGACAGGAAACAAUGACGACGGAUUUUAUUUUGGAGGAAUAACAACAAUAGUUGGAUCUCUUACAUUUGCAGUGGCAAAUAUUGUGCAUUAUCUGAAAACAAAACAAUAA